AUGAACGUCAGGAAAUUAGCUCAAGACGACCACCAGAAAAUCUUUUACUCUUUACAAGGAGGCUCAAGCAUGAUUGUUGAUUCUCUUAUGGUAGAGGCUAAAAAACAGAAAGCAAACGUUGGCAUUAAACUGAGGAAACUUGGCGUCACAGUCACUUAUGCGAAUGCCAUAUCGUUCAACACUCUCAAUAUCUACAGCAGCGAGCCUAAACCACAAUCCCUAUGCGGUUUAACUUUGUGUUACUUUGUAGUGGUUAAAGCAGUUUUAGACAUUGGACAGAAAACAAAAGACAAAGCUAAAGUUUACCAACAGCCGUAA